ACUGUCGCAAAAACUUGUGGAAGACAGCCUGGAGAGAGUUUGAUCCUUCGGUGUUACUGACUCGUUGCAAGCAUGGAGGGAUCCGGGGACGAGUUCCUGAAGUACCGCUCACCGCUGGUGUCCCGGUACGCCAGCAAAGAGAUGGCCUUUAACUUCAGUGAUAGAAAGAAAUUCAGCACAUGGAGGAAACUGUGGCUUUAUCUCGCCAAGGCUGAGAAGGCAUUGGAUCUCCCCAUAACCGACGCCCAGGUGAACGAGAUGGAGUCUCACUUGGAGGACAUUGACUUUGUCAUGGCUGCAGAGGAGGAGAAGAAGUUGAGGCAUGAUGUCAUGGCUCACGUGCACACAUUCGCCCACUGCUGUCCCACAGCUGCUCCUAUCAUCCACCUGGGUGCCACUUCCUGUUAUGUGGGAGACAAUACGGAUCUGAUAAUGCUUCGUGAUGGAUUUGAUAUCCUGCUUCCAAAGUUGGCUCGUGUAAUUGACAGGUUGGCUAACUUUGCAGAGACAUACGCUGAUCUGCCCACUCUAGGUUACACCCACUUUCAACCAGCUCAGCUGACUACAGUCGGGAAGCGUGCAUGUCUGUGGCUGCAGGAUCUGGUCAUGGACCUGAGGAACCUUCAGCGUGCGAGAGAAGAACUGCGUUUCCGGGGGGUCAAAGGAACCACGGGCACUCAGGCCAGCUUCCUGCAGCUCUUCCAGGGAGAACAUGAUAAGGUGGAGGAGCUGGAUAGGAUGGUCACAGAGAUGGCUGGAUUUAAAAAGUCGUACUUAGUGACGGGUCAAACAUACAGUCGUAAGGUGGAUAUUGACUCACUCUCUGUGCUGGCCAGUUUGGGAGCCACAGUGCACAAGAUCUGCACUGAUAUCCGUCUGUUGGCUAAUCUGAAAGAGAUUGAGGAGCCUUUUGAGAAAGAGCAGAUUGGCUCCAGUGCCAUGCCAUAUAAGAGAAACCCCAUGCGUGCUGAGCGCUGCUGUAGUCUGGCUCGCCACCUGAUGGCGCUGAUCUCCGAUCCUCUGCAGACGGCAUCAGUGCAGUGGCUGGAAAGAACCCUGGAUGACAGCGCAAACAGGAGGAUCUCUCUGCCCGAAUCUUUCCUCACCGCUGACAUCAUCCUCAGCACUCUGCAGAACAUCACUGAAGGAAUGGUUGUGUACCCUAAGGUGAUUGAGAGGCAUAUUCGUCAUGAGCUGCCCUUCAUGGCUACUGAAAACAUCAUCAUGGCUAUGGUAAAGGCUGGAGGAAACAGACAGGACUGUCACGAGAAGAUUCGGGUGUUAUCCCAGCAGGCUGCAGCCGUGGUGAAACAGGAAGGGGGUGACAACGACUUACUGGCUCGGGUUCGGGCUGAUUCAUAUUUUGCCCCCAUACUUGGCCAACUAGAUGCCCUACUGGACCCUAAAACCUUUAUUGGCCGAGCCCCACAACAGGUUACAAGGUUUUUGGCUGAGGAGGUCCGGCCUGUUUUAGAGCCAUACAAGAAUAAAAUGGAUGUAAAAAUUGAGCUAGAGCUCUGAAAUGUGCACACAAAUACAGCUUUGUACUACUGACAAAAUAAAGGCUGUAUAACAUUGAAUAAA